GGCUGGAGUGAGACGGACAGAGAUGUAGAGAGAGUAGGUCUAUUUGUUGUUUAUUGGGGCAGUGGAUAUAUGUCAGACUAACAGUUUAGAGAAGGUGACUUCUGAGAAGUUUAUUUCAACAUUUAUUUUUAAAGGAGCUGCGUCAUAUUCUUCAAAUAAGGAAACUGCCUGCAGACCUUCUGUGGAAUUUCCAGUUCACUUUAUAGAUUGACCUAUGAAAUAAGAGAGACGAAUAAGAGAAAAAAAAUGGACAGGAGGAAGAAGAGGAAGGUUUCUCUUUUCUGCUUGCAGCUGCUGGCUGUGCUCCAAAUCACCGCGCCCUCCUCAGCUCAAAGCACUACCACUAGGCCUACUACUACCACCACCACCACCACAUCAGCUGCAGACCCUGCAGCCCUCAGUUACCUCACACACCCAGCUGACCUCACAGUGGCUGUUGGAGAACCUGCAGUGUUUCGCUGUGGAGUGCCCAGAGCUUCUCCAAACUUCACAUUCACCUUCUACAGGAGUAAUGCAAACUACAGCCUCACAUGCCCCUCGGGCCACGUGGACGAUAUCCCCCAGGCUCUCUAUGGAAGUUGUGAUAUGAAAAAUGGAGAGUCAUUAGCUGUGUGGACCCUCAGGGGAACUUCUUUCUCUGACAACGGCACGAGAGUCGUGUGUCAGCAGCCAGAGAAUCCUAAUGCAGCUGCUGCCGUCCUAUACGUUUAUGAUAACGGCACCAGCUACGCCAUUCUCAUUGGCUGUAUCAUUGGGGGCUUCUUCGGCACGCUGCUGGUAUUCGGUUUAUCGUAUACCAUGCUGCAGAGAUCUGAGACCCUCCAGAAGUGCUUCAGGGGAAAGGAAACACAAGAUGAUAUGACCACAAUAGUAACGAAGGAGUGAAAGGAGACAGCUUGCUUGAAGUUGCUCUGAACCUUCUAACCAACAGAGAAUGGAAACAUGAAUUAUCCUUUUUGACCAGUCUAAGUGAAAUAAAAGCUGUAUUUAGGUC